AUGAUUCAUUCACAUAGCAGAAGUCGUAGUAGAAGUAGAGAGAAGUAAUUGAGACCCUAAGAGACAUGCCAACAUAAUUUAUAACAAAUCAAAAAGGUUUUUAUGGAUGUAACAAAUUUAUACAAAUAUUCCAUUAGGGUAGACCUAAUACUAAUCCAGAAGAUGUUAGAAAAUAUAGAUAAACUAAUAGAAUCUUCAUCAAAUCAGCUCAUACUUUUGUUCCUGAUCCUAUACUUAGAUUUGAGGAUGUAUACUGUUUUCCUAGACCAUUAUAAGAAUUAAUUGUAAAGGCUGGAUUUCCAGCUCCAACUCCUAUAUAAGCAUAAAGUUGGUCUAUUGGUUUGACAGGUCAUGAUUUAAUUGGUAUUGCUUAAACAGGAUCUGGUAAAACUUUGGCAUUUCUUUUGCCAGCCAUAAUCCACAUUUUAGCUUAAUUGAAAUAAAAUUCAGACCCAUAAUGUUUGAUUAUGGCUCCUACAAGAGAACUUACUAACUAAAUUUAUGAGCAAUUUACAAAGUUUUCAGUUGGUUCUGGAUUAAAAGCAGCUUGUUUAUUUGGAGGUUAAGAGAAAUUUAUAUAAAAAAAUUAAUUGAAUUAACAUCCUCAUAUAUUAAUAGCUUGUCCAGGUAGAUUAAUUGAUUUGGUUGAAUCAGGAAGUACAACAUUGAAAGGAAUAACAUUUUUGGUAUUGGAUGAAGCUGAUAGGAUGUUGGAUAUGGGAUUUGAACCAUCAAUAAGAAAAAUAGUAGCUUAAACUAGAGCAGAAAGAUAAACAAUGUUAUUUUCAGCUACUUGGCCAAGAGAAGUUUAAUCAUUAGCUUUAGACUUUUGUACACAAUAACCAAUUCAUAUACAGAUUGGUAGUCUGGAUCUAACUAGCAAUAGAUAAAUUUAAUAAAAGGUGGUCAUUUUAACUAAGGAAUAAAAGGAAGAAAAGUUAAGAGAAAUUCUGAAAUCAUUAGGAUCAAGAAAGAUCUUAAUCUUUUGUUAAACUAAAGUGAAAUGUGAUUAAUUAUAACUUUACUUGAUUCAAGAAGGUAUGAGAUGUAAAUCAUUGCAUGGAGAUAAGAGAUAAUCAGAAAGAGAUUUUGUAAUGAAUAGUUUCAAAAGAGGAGAUACAACUGUAUUGGUGGCAACUGAUGUAGCAUCUAGAGGAUUAGAUAUUAAGGAUAUUGAAUUUGUAAUUAAUUUUGAUAUGCCUAAAUUAAUAGAGGACUAUGUUCAUAGAAUUGGCAGGACAGGUAAGAAUAUCUUUAAAUUUAUAUUAGGUAGAGCUGGGGCUUAAGGUGUAUCUAUUUCAUUAUUUGAUUCGUAUGAAGAUGCCAAAUUAGCAGGAGAUUUGGUUGGAGUAUUAAGAGAAUCAUAAAAUGAAGUGCCAAAUGAAUUAUCACGUUUAGCUAAUGUGAAUAAUCAAGGUUACUAAAAUUAUCGAAAAUGGAAUGCUCCAUCAGGUAAGAUUUAAUAUUGCACUUGA